AUGAACACCCUUGAGCUUGCGGUCCGUCCUGGUGAUGACAUUCCUAUUAGUUCCAUUGAGCUUUGGUGUAUACAUGGAGAUUGUGACUACCACUGGCUAAUUACCUAUACUCAUCCUUCCGGGAACACGACAAGUGUGAGCCGGGAGAAGAACGUCUCAAUAAAGUGGAUCAAAGACAUUCCACGUGAGAAAGCUAUCGCCACCAUCAGCUUCCCGGUCACGUAUUGGUGCCCGGACCUUAGAACUCUUGCGUCUCACACAUGGAAUUCAUUCGAACAACGUGACUACAAGUGUACCGAUUUCGUGUAUUUUUUGCUCUGGGAAUACAAGCGCCGGGAAUUCAUUCAAGAUGCAGAAGAUCAAAUGCAAAGUCUCCUGCGUCGAAUGGCUGCAGUCCAGGAAGAACUGUCGGCGUUUUAUGUCCCUGGACACCUUGAACAAUUCCAAGCUCCCCUUUCUAAAGUACAGUCUGACUUGAAAGUUGGGGUCCUCAUCUUUUCGCCUCUGAAGGAUCGUGUGCUUCUUGUUAAGCGGUCCGAGAGAGACAGCCACGGAAACAUCUGGGAAUGUCCUGGUGGGGGCAUAGAGCAGAACGACAAGUCUAUUGUGCAAGGUGCUGUUCGUGAGUGUCGUGAAGAGACCCAACUUCAUAUUUCUGCUUUUAUCGACGUCGUGCAUGAGAAUUGGCUGAAAGGAGACCGGCAAGUGCGCAAGUUCAUAUUUAUCGCGGAUGUGCAUGAGAGCAAAGAGCCCGAGCAAAUGUUAACAAAGGUGGUACUAAAUCCUGCCGAGCACCAACAAUUCCAGUGGGCGAAGCGAACGGAGAUAGAAAAUAUGGACGAGGCUAUGUUUUUUCCAAAACAAAAGGGCAUUAUACUGGAUGCUUUUGCAUUCCUAGGUACUCCAGGCUGGUAA